CUCUAUAUAUACUCCAGAAGUCUCUCUCAAUGGCCAAACCAAAUUCUAUAGGCCUUUAGCUAAAAAUCCUUCUUUCUUCAAACGCGCGAGAUGAUGGGAUCGAACGGUAACGAGAUGGACAUCCAGGCGCCGCCGCCGCCGCCGCCUUCUCUUUGCCAGAACGGAUGCGGUUUCUUCGGAACGGCGGCGACGGGCGGGCUCUGCUCCAGGUGCUACAGAGAUCUCCGCGCCAGAUCUGCGGUGGAGAAGCUCGUCUCGACGCCGAUCUUCAAUUACCGGGCGGCGGAUUCCGGCAGAGACUCCUCCACGCCCGCCACCGAUCCGGGAGUCAAACCCGAGGCGACGCCGAUCUUCAAGUGGGCGGCCGGAUUGACGGAUUCCGCUCAGAAGAACAGGUGUCGGAGCUGUCAGAGGAAGGUGGGGGUGGUGGGGUUCGAUUGCCGGUGCGGUUAUACCUUCUGUGGGACCCACAGGUACCCCGAGACGCAUGACUGCACCUUCGAUUUCAAGGGCAAAGGCCGGAAUGCUAUUGCCAUGGCCAAUCCUGUGAUCAAGCCCGAUAAAAUCCAGAGGUUUUGAGAUUGAAAUUUAUUUGUAGAAGAAGACGGGUUUUCUUCCUUAUUUGUUCACUUUUUUUUUUUUAAAUUUUCGACGAUUAAUCUUAAUUAGCAGAUAUCAGGAGCAGGAUUAACUAGUUGUAACUUUUUUUUAUUGUGUUCUUUCUUUUGAUUAAUCUGAUGCGCAUUUGUUAACUAAUCU